AUGUAAUUCUCUUUUUUGUGUAUUUCAUGCGAUUUUAAAUCAAAUGUGGUACAAAUUUGGUACAGAUUUUGGGUACAGAUUUUUCGAAUGUCUGUGUUGUGAUGGAUAGAGUAAGGAUAUUAAUAAAUAGUUGUACAUUGUUAAAUGAAUAAAUGACUAUCAAUAAAUAAUCGUGAACAUGCUUUGUGUAAAUUAAUAUGACAAAGAAACCCUUGAAAAUCGUUAUUAAACUAAGUAUGCUUUGAAACUUGGAAAAAUGAUCAGUCUUUCAACGAUUCUGAAGCAGCAACGACGUGUCAGUAAGGAAGAAGAAAAGCAGACAAGUUGAGAAUCGGUCGAACUGAAGCGACGCAGAUCAGAAGCAAAACCAACGUGUCCAGGAGAAAGGAGAACUGGAGAAACGGUCGAGUCGAAGCUGAUCAAGGGACACAAAAUGGAAGCCCUGGAUACCCCCGAACUCAACAAUGGCGCAGCCGAGUCUUCCAACGAUGGGAAUGUGAAGAUGACUGAGCUGGAACUCCUGAAAGAAUUGAAGGCAUUGCGGAACGAAAAUGCGAAGUUGAAGUCGAGAGCAAAUCGGACAACGAGUGACGAGAACGUUCGAGCCGGAUCACUGAUGGUAGCGCCGGAAAACGUGGUGGAUAUUCGUCCGGCUUCAAUCAUAAUUGACUCAGUGGAUGAAGGCGCUCGUGCAAAACCACAGCUGCAGCGAGAUGAUCAGAACCAACAAGCAACUACCGUUCGACCGGAUGUAUCGUCUUCACCCGCCAGCGGAAUGUCUCUCAGCGCUUUGGGCAUCCCGGAGUGUCUUCCUACGGACGGGGAUUCGGAGAUAGACAGGAAGUCAUACGAACAUUGGAAGAAGAUAUUCGAGGCCUCAAUGGAUUUGAUGAGAUCUGUGGAUGAGAAUACCAGGUUCAGCAUUUUUAAAAUCAAAGCUGGUGUUAAGUUGUUGGAAGUGUACGAUAGUACAGCAACUACGUCAGGAAUGCCGGAUGAAAAAGACGAGCCGUACUCCAACGCUAUCGCCCGUUUGAACGAAUAUUACGGGUCGAGAACCUAUAUGCUGACCCAAAGAAGCAAAUUGAUCAACAUGGUUCAAAGGAAAGAUGAAGACAGUGUGCAAUUUGUGCGGCGAGUCGGAGCAGCUACCAAACUAUGUGGAUAUCAUGAAGAUGAAGAAAUGGAGGCAAUAGUGCGGACUAUAACGAAAGGAACACUCGACAAUCGCGUUCGUAAGCUUGCACACAGGAAUUGGACGCGCCAAGGCUCUCUCAAGGAAUUGAUUGAUGCGGUUCGUGAUUCCGAAAUAGAAAGGUAUAAUGAGGAGGAAUUUGUGAGAUCCCAGCAGCCCAAAUCCGAAUCGGUUCCUAGACCGGCCGUACUUGCAGCAGUUGAACGUUAUCCAAAUCAACGAGGUUUUCGUCCAGAAGGAUAUAAUGGUGGUAAGCUGAGUUGGAGCCAAGACGGAAGGCACGGCGGUCCGAUCAGAGUUAGAAGAGGAAACAGUUAUAGAAGUUUUGGUAGUCAUAGUGGUUCCGCUUCUGAUGCUGAUCGAUGCUGGAGGUGCAGCAGCGUGUACCAUUCGGCCGCCAAAUGUCCAAUGACAAGGUUUGUCACAAGUGCCAGAUGAAAGGUCACAUUGCUCGUAUGUGCACACGGGACUCCGGAGACAGAGGAAUCAAGAGACGUGUUAAGACCGAACAAACAUCCAACUCCCAGUUGAACGAACCCCGGAGGAUCGCUAUGGUUAGCGGGCAAGCUGAGGAUGAUGGCGAGAAAGAAUCAAAGGUAUUUUCCGAUAAUGAUUUAAACAUUUAGACGAAGCAUUUCCUCAUUCAUUGAUAGUUUGAUGGUUUAUAUUUGUUCAUUGUUAAUUGUUAAUUGAAUUUUUAAUAAUUAAAACAAAAAUUUUAUUGUAGUAAUGUUUUAAAGGCUCCACCCCAUUACCCCGAACGCCAUUACCCCGAACGCCACUACCCCGAAUGCCAUUACCCCGAAUAGGCCACUACCCAGAAAGCCAUUACCCCGAAUGGGUCAUUACCCCGAAAGCCAUUUCCCCGAAAGCCAUCACCCCGAAAGCCACUACCCCGAAAGGGCCAUUACCCCGAAUUGUUCAGGAGAUCACCAAAAAAGUGGUGACCGAUUAGAAGUUGAUAAAGGUGGUUAAAGGGGUCUCCAGUUAGCCUAGUGGUUAAGGCUAUGGAUCACCAAUCCGGAGACGGCGGGUUCGAUUCCCGUUCCGGUCGGGGAAAUUUUCUCGACUCCCUGAGCAUAGUGUAUCAUUGUACUUGCCUCACAUAGCAUAGCAUAGCAUAGCAUGAAUACUUGCACAAAUCUUGGAUGGAGUUGCAAAGUUGAAUAUUUCCAUUGACAUUGCUGAUGUCGCUACUAUCUUCAAUGUCAUAGAUUCACUCAACUCCACACACCUGGCCAAGUCCUUGCAAGCAUUUAUAAAUCCCUUCAUCAACUUAGAAAGAGCCCAGAACUGAAGCAUCUUCCAAUAGAUGAAAGGAUGUUGAAAAUAGCGAAUUUUCAACUUAUAUGCAGUUAAAUAUACUGAAAUAGAAUUAUUUAUAAAUAAAUAAUAUUGGAAAGAUCUCACCAAUUGUUGUGGGGGUUUUGUGGUUCAAUACCGAUCAUCUAAUUGUUUUGAUUAAUGUUCUUCUCUGUAAAGAACAACACAAUACUCAGCAAAGAACAACACA